UUCGGUCGGUUCCGUCACUUCCGGUAUGUUUCAGGGAGUCGGACUGGAGCUAAAAUUUGAUAGACCAGCGAACGAUUAUCUCUUGUGAUGGAUUCCUCUGCUGCUCUGGAAAGUUCCCACUUGGAACCGAAACUCAUUUUGAUUUUCAGCGGCAAACGGAAGUCGGGAAAAGAUUAUGUCACAGAUGUCAUCGUCGAUCGUUUAGGAGAAGACGUCUGCGGCGUCGUUCGUCUUUCUGCACCCCUCAAACAAGCCUAUGCUCAGGAACACGGCCUGGACGCGGAGCAGCUGGCGAGUUCCGGCCCUUACAAGGAGCUCUACCGGGCAGACAUGAUCAGCUGGGGCGAAGCUCGCAGACUGCGAGAUCCCGGAUUCUUCUGCCGCCUGGCGACCAGAGGAGCUCAUCAACCCGUUUGGGUGGUGAGUGACGCGCGGCGGAUGUCGGACCUGAGGUGGUUUUGGGCCAACUUUCCUCAACAGACUCGCUGCGUGCGCGUGCAAAGUCGAGAAGAAACGCGCAAGCGGAGAGGGUGGAUCUACACCCCGGGCGUGGAUGACGCAGAGUCCGAGUGCGGGUUGGACACUGGUGUGGACUUCCAUUGGAUCAUCAUGAACGAGGCCGACGCCCCCUCAUUAGACGACCAGUUGCGGCCAAUCUUAGCGCUGGCUGCGGAAGCUGCCGGUCGAUGAUCGUCCGAAGCUAACCCAAACCGCAUUCAAGAAAGCCGGGACGGGCGCCAUAUCGCUACCCGGCUUGGCAUAAUGUCACCAAGUGACGCAAUUAACCGGUUCCAAAUUGGACCACAUGGAAGGAAUCUUUUCCACAGAACUCUUUUUUGUCAACCUGAGAUUACAAUUGUUUAAACACACGCUGUUUUGGACAAGGUGAGAGAAACAAUACCAGCUUUGAAAUCAAAUCAAUUCGUUAUUCAUCUCAUUAAAGUAAUGCUAGAUUUAGUGUGAUAUUUGCCAGGGUUCCUACAGUUUAAGAUAAGUGAAAUUCAAGGCUUUUUUUUUUUAAUUCCAUUUGAAAUGAAAUUUAAGAGCAGGAUCCCAAUAUUGUUCAACAGUAUAUACAUGAUGUCCGUCUGUUCUUAAGAGUCCUGACUUAGGCCUCCUAACAAAUUUGUAGGUUCUGCUAUAGUGAUUGUGCAAUGUUUUUUCAUAAUUUUUUUUUUUUUUUUACUUAAUGCUAUUUUGAGACUUAACUGCAAUCAUAAAAUUGUAAUUAUUUUAAGAUUUUUAAGACUUCUUAAAUACAGUAUUGAGGACAGGGAUGGCCCCUCGCCGGGGCCGAUUAAAGACAUUUUAAUGCAAAUUCAGACCUUGUUUAUAGAUUCAUGGUUACAAUAUAAUGACUUUGAAGACUUUUGAAUCCACUUACAACAGGCCAAAAACUCACCAAGGCUACUGCAGGGCUUUCGCCUACAAAUAAAAUUUAUUAUGAUCAUCAUCAUGGUGUCCAUUAACUUUGCUAAUGCUAACAGGACAUGGAAACCUCUAAUUUACAUUUCUAUGUACCAACUGCAAUGUGACCAAUUGUCUGUUCCACUUGAUUAUCGAGGAAGACUUUAAGGGGAGGUGCCCCCCCCCACCAAUAAAGACAUUAAACAAAUGAACUUGGUGCUUUUAUUUUAGAAAAAAAGCUGUCAUGAUGACAUCAUCACAGCGUAAGACCACGUGACACUUAAUUGAUCAGGUAGGCACAUCUCUGUACUCCGAUUGGCCCCUUGAAUUUAUGCCAUAGUGAUGGCACGCAGCAUCAUCACGGUUGAAAAUGAGUGAUGGCUGCCGCAGAACACGGAGGUGUGUCUGACAUCAAAUUGGCCCCAUAGGUUUGGCAGAAAAAUCUGAUUGGCUGUUCCCUUCCAAGCACAUACAUGCCCACAAAGUGAGC